CCAAGAUAAUAAGGUAGAAAAUACCUAUUAUCUGUUGUGUGAUAGUCUGCGAGCAGCCAGGACAGCUUCUUUCUUACUGCUUUGUAAUCCUCAAUACGUGCUUUUGAUCUCAUGCUGCUCUUGCUCCCACAUCACAUCCAUAUUCUAGCUGAUGGGAAGGAAGAAUGGUAUAACCUGAAACUGGCAAACUUCACUGUGCGUGUCAUGGUGCGUAGAACUCAGCCACAUGGCCACACCCUCCUGCAAACUAAAGUCCAUGGUUCUUCUGUCCAAGGAAAGGGUGGGUGUGGGGAGCCCACAGUCACUGCUGUGGUCUUUUCUUAGUACCUGUCUCUGGAAUUGCUCCUUAUGUAUGGGGCCUCCUGCCUGCUCACCUGCCCUCUCUGGAGGGAAGGCCCCUCAAGGGCAGGGCCUUGCCUGCCUGUUUCCUGCCCAGUCAAGACACUGGGCUGUGUCUGGUGUGUAGCAGGUGUUCUAAGUCUAGGGAAAGAGCAUGGGGGUGGAGUGGGGGAAGGGCGGUGGCUUGUUCUCUCCCAGUGGUGAGGCCCAGGAUACCAGGUGCCACUCAUGCAUCACCCUCCUCCGUGUCCCCACUGUACAAGCAGAGGCGUGGGCUCUCCAGUGGAAGAAAGGACAAGAGGUCUGAGCCCCUUAGGAGUUUUCCUGUUCCUUUCCGCAGAAGUGGCCCUAGCAUAGCAGGUCAUGGCCCAGACGGUGUUGAGAAUGUCCCUAAAACUCCUGCUGCUGCUCAGGGAUGGUGUUGGUGACAGCGCACAGAGCUCCUGUAUUGGUGUGGGUCUAGUGGACAGAGCACAGAGCUGGCAGGCCCUCAGGACCGAGGAGUCAAACUUACUUUACUCUGAGGAGUUGUUGGAGUAAAGCUUACUGGGGGGCCAGCAGCCGGCAGGAUGGACACCCUGCAGGAGGCGAUCUGGGGUAACCAGAGCACAGUGUCACCCCCACCCUUGGCGCCAAACAUCAGCGUGCCUCACCGCUGCCUGCUGCUACUCUACCAGGGCAUCGGCACCUCCAGGGUUCGGUACUGGGACCUCCUGCUGCUCGUCCCCAACGUGCUCUUCUUCAUCUUCCUACUCUGGAAGCUUCCAUUUGCUCGAGCCAAGAUCCGUGUCACCUCCAGCCCCAUUUUCAUCACCUUCUAUAUCCUGGUGUUCGUGGUGGCCCUGGUGGGUAUUGCCCGGGCAGUGGUGUCCAUGACGGUCAGUGCCUCAGAUGCGGCAACAGUAGCUGACAAGAUCCUGUGGGAGAUCACUCGCUUCUUCCUGCUGGCCAUCGAGCUGAGUGUGGUCAUCCUGGGCCUGGCCUUCGGUCACCUGGAGAGCAAGUCCAGCAUCAAGCGGGUGCUAGCCAUCACCACAGUGUUAUCGCUGGCCUACUCUGUCACCCAGGGGACCCUGGAAAUCCUGUACCCCGACUCCCACCUCUCGGCUGAGGACUUCAACAUCUACGGGCACGGGGGCCGCCAGUUCUGGCUGGUCAGCUCCUGCUUCUUCUUCCUGGUCUACUCACUGGUGGUGGUCCUCCCCAAGACCCCGCUGAAGGACCGCAUCUCCCUGCCCUCACGGAGGAGCUUCUAUGUGUACGCGGGCAUCCUGGCGCUGCUCAACCUGCUGCAGGGGCUGGGGAGCGCGCUGCUGUGCGCCGACGUCAUCGUGGGGCUGUGCUGCGUGGACGCCACCACCUUCCUCUACUUCAGCUUCUUUGCUCCGCUCAUCUACGUAGCCUUCCUCCGCGGCUUCUUUGGCUCGGAGCCCAAGAUCCUUUUCUCCUACAAGUGUCAAGUGGAUGAGACCGAGGAACCUGAUGUGCACCUGCCACAGCCGUACGCUGUGGCCCGGAGGGAGGGCAUGGAAGCCACGGGGGCCACCGGGGCCUCAACCUCGUGCUACUCGAGCACGCAGUUUGAUUCAGCUGGAGUUGCCUACCUGGACGAUAUCGCAUCCAUGCCCUGCCACACAGGCAGCAUCAACAGCACGGACAGUGAGCGCUGGAGGCCAUCAGUGCCUGAGAGGGCCUCCAAGGACAGACUGACUCCCAGGCAGAGCUGAGCAGGCUUUGGGAGACCAGCUGUGGAUAGCAGUCUUGGGCAGGCCUUCCCUGCACCUCAAGUCUGCAGGCCUCUCCUGUUCUCAGGCCCCCAGUGCCCCUUGGCCACCUGUGCUCCAGCUGGGAGCCCCCUCCCUUCCCAUCUGCCCUGGUCCUGCUCAGUGCCAUGGUCCCAACUCCCAUCUCCCAGGCCACAGCCUUGGCACCCAGGUCAGGUUCUGUGCUCUUCUCCUCUCUACCCCCUCACCACAGCACAUAGGCCCCGUCAGGACCUACCACCGGGGACAGGCUGCAGCGUGUACAUUUUCUUGAUCUAUUUUUUAAUAAAAA